UGGGUGUCACAUGAUCUUCAUGGGGUAAUGAAUUCCCUAUUAAAAUUCUCGGAGACACAAUCAUAAGUGCAGUUUUAGCUAGCAUUGCACAUUUCUUAGCUAAACAGUGCGACAAGAGCCCCAGUCUCGACAAGAGCCCCAGUCUCGACAAGAACCCCAGUCUCGACAAGAGCCCCAGUCUCGACAAGAGCCCCAGUCUCGACAAGAGCCCCAGUCUCGACAAGAGCCCCAGUCUCGACAAAAGUGCAGCAGAAGUACACUGAAACAGUUCAUAGACCGAUUCGGAGGAGCUGAAAUGGGACUCUAUUCAACGAUAUUCCUUUUGGUGAUGAUUAGUGUGUGCUAUGAAUGGGGAGCUACAGGGUUGAGAACACGUGACUUUGUUCCUGAAGUACUACACUUGGAGGAGGGAGAAAUGAAAACACUGAAUUGCUCUAGCGAUGAUAAUAUACGCUGGUGUGCUGUGAAUGCAAGUUACAUCCACAAAUUGAAUACCACUUCAUCAUCCUCUUCCAUUAAUAUUUUGCCCAAUUCGACGUGCCCGAAGAAGUACCACACCAUACCCCCUCACCAGAUAUGUGACGGGAUGCUAGUCAUCUGCAUUAACAAAACAUCGUGUGACAUGUACAGCUACAUGCACUUGGUACAAAGACCAUACCUCAUUAAAGUCGAGGAAAACAAGCCACGAAAUCCCUUAGUAAUUUACUUCAAUGACAAUUGUACUUACGAAGCUUGCAAAACGUUGCCAACACAAUUUGCAAUGGCAGCAGCUUGGCAAAUACAACAUCGUUCCCAACAAUGUUAUUUCUAGUGAUGGGGAUAUUGCUGCACAUGACACCUAUCGGAACCUGAACACUCCCACCAGAGUACCAUACAUACAUACUAUGUGUAUAUUGUGCAGUUAUUUUAAUGUGUAAACAAGAGUUUUUGGCA